AUGUUACGGUUGGGAGUUUUGAAAAACGGCGGUGUUGGCAUGAUGAAAGGUCGGCUCAACAUGCAUCGGUUUGGUGGAGUGGCUAGAAUGAGAAUAAAAAAACGUACUGCGAACUUGUGGAAUCAUCGGUUUUACAGCUCUAGAACGUCUUUGAUGCAAUUUUCAGGAUACAAUAAACAGGUUGUGGUGAAAUUAGUGGUUAUGACCGGAGUGACAUUGGUGUUGGGAAGCAUUUUGUUCAACUACGCAGAAGGCUGGGACGGCGAGGACAAGGUCGUACAAGAGGGCACAGACGAGUACGACGAUGAAAAAUACGAAAAUCGGUCCCGUCCACGCAUCAAGAUCUUCAACAACAACUGGCUUUUUUUCUGGUACUCGACGCUUCCGUUGAAUGCCAUGUCCCGGCUUUGGGGCCAGGUCAACUCUUUCACAUUGCCUGUAUGGCUACGGCCUUUGAGUUUCAAACUGUACGCAUCUGUUUUCGGUGCGAACUUGGACGAAAUGGAGGAUCCGGUCUUGGAGCAUUAUCAGAAUCUCUCAGAGUUCUUUUAUCGAGAAAUAAGACCCGAAACACGCCCAAUUGCUCCUGGCGAUGACGUCGUUGUCUGUCCCAGUGACGGACGAGUUUUGCAGCUGGGAAUCAUUGACGCUCAGACCGGAGAUAUCCAACAAGUGAAAGGCAUGACAUAUUCUGUCCGUGAGUUUCUCGGCACACACGCACAUCCGCAAAUGAGUCGUAGUAAAUCAAUGGAUAGUCUUCACAACAGCUCCGAAAACAAUUCGGAUGACGACCACAUCGAAUUCGCGCGUAUAAAUAAUAUUCCCUACACCCUCAACGACAUGAUUGGCGAAACGCCAGGCGAGAACAAUCCACAUUUACAAAAGAUAGAGUACAAAAACGAAGGUGACUCGUCUUUACCGGAAGCCGCUCCUUCAAGGCCCAAGACCAUGAAGCUUCUGAGCCAGCUUUCUACACAUUACAUGGACAAAAUAAAAAGCACGCAACCCAAAAAUACCAAACUGUGCUUUGCCGUCAUAUAUUUGGCCCCAGGCGAUUACCAUCAUUACCAUUCCCCAGUCAAUUGGGUUUGCAAAUUGCGUCGUCAUUUCCCGGGAGAACUAUUCUCUGUUGCUCCCUACUUUCAACGCAACUUUCCAAACUUAUUCGUGUUGAACGAACGUGUAGCGCUAUUGGGUCACUGGAAACAUGGAUUCUUUAGCAUGACUCCAGUGGGUGCAACAAAUGUUGGAUCUAUCAAGUUGAACUUUGAUAAGGAGCUGGUCACCAAUAGUAGGCGCAAGGAGAAAAUAAAACCCCACACAUGCUUCGAGGCUACGUAUGAAAACACCAGUUCUAUCUUGGGCGGUGUUCCCUUAGUCAAAGGUGAAGAGAUGGGCGGUUUCAUGUUGGGUAGUACCGUCGUACUAUGUUUUGAAGCACCCAACGACUUUGAGUUUAACAUCGAUGUCGGGCAAACGGUUAAAAUGGGUCAAUCUCUUGGUGAGACCAAAUAG